CUUCAGAUCCUCAACAGAAGAAUCCACUCCUGACACCAUGUGCUACUACGGCAACUACUAUGGUGGCCUGGGCUGUGGCUAUGGCUGUGGCUGUGGCUAUGGUGGCCUGGGCUGUGGCUAUGGCUGUGGCUGUGGCUAUGGUGGCCUGGGCUGUGGCUAUGGCUGUGGCUGUGGCUAUGGUGGCCUGGGCUGUGGCUAUGGCUAUGGCUGCUAUGGUUACGGCUGUUGCCGCCCCCUGUGCUGUAGAAGAUACUGGUCCUAUGGCUUCUACUGAGGAGUUUCCACAGCUUCUUAGCCUAUUGGCUACCAUCUUCUGUUGUCCUGGGAUUAUCUCCAAUGUUCUGCAGAUGCAGCAUUUUUAAAUAGCUUCAGUCUCCGUCUACAUAUUACACUAGUUUUAAAAAAUGAACUUUUAAAAACCAGUUUCAGUUAGAUUAUGUGGCAGAUUGUAGAAAAGUUUCUGUACUAUGUUUAUAAUGCUGAGUAAAAUACAAUCAAAAUAACUGUCAAUUUUUGCAUACAGAUAUGUAUUAUUGAAUAAACUUUCUU